UAUUGUGUGCCUUCCUUAUACACAUUCACAGUAUAAAGCAAAAUGGAAAGCGCAUGAACUGAAGGAACAGUAGACAGUGCUGUGUGCCUUCGACUGGGGACAGUGGUUCUCAGAUGUGGGGAUGUUUGGAGUCAGGUUAGCUUAAAACCAGCUCUUCUGGAACCUUGAUGAUCUGCCAAGACUAGUAGCUGAGUCCUAAGGGAGAUGAAGUUCUUGGGAUGAAGGCCGGGCUGGAUGGCCCUGUGCACAGUGUUCAGGGCCUGUGACCUGGCCGUGGUGAGGGUGGGGUCACUUUCAGGCCCCUGCAGCUGUCAUGCAGUAACUCUAGGUAGGCCAAGAAUGUUCCGUUCCAAGAUGCUCAGUGGCUCCCUCACUGUCUUCCCUCCAGGACUGUCUGGGUUCUGUCACUGGCGGGAAGACCUGAAUGCCACACCAGGAGCUGGCACCUCAUCUGAGCUGACCCUGGUGUUGGCACUUUCUCCAGUUACAGAAGUAAACUGUGUUCUCGGUAGAAAAGGAAAAAAGUGCACAUGGAAGAAAAAACAAGAAAAAAUACGUAGUGGGACAUUCCAGAAACACGCUGCUGCCCAGGCAGCCUGCACACUGAUAGACGUUUCCAGGCUCCAGGGGCAUCAUCAACACCUGCUUCUCUGUGCUGUGACAAACCGUUUAGGCCUGCAGGGCUGAGCCCCGCCAUGGAGGACGGCCGCGAGCUGGAUCUCACCUACAUCACUGAGCGUAUCAUCGCCGUGUCCUUCCCCGCGGGCUGCUCCGAGGAGUCUUACCUGCACAACCUGCAGGAGGUGACGCGCAUGCUACGCUCCAAGCAUGGGGACAACUACUUGGUGUUAAACCUCUCGGAAAAGAGAUAUGACCUUACGAAGCUUAACCCAAAGAUUCUGGACGUGGGCUGGCCGGAGCUGCACGCACCACCCCUGGAUAAGGUGUGCACGAUCUGCAAGGCGCAGGAGGCCUGGCUGAACAGCGACCCCCAACACGUGGUCGUCAUUCACUGCAGGGGUGGAAAGGGACGCAUCGGCGUGGUCAUAUCAUCUUACAUGCACUUCACCAAUGUCUCGGCCAGUGCUGACCAGGCCCUUGACAGAUUUGCAAUGAAGAAGUUUUAUGAUGAUAAACUUGCAGCUUUAAUGCAGCCAUCCCAGAAACGGUAUGUGCAGUUUCUCAGUGGGCUCCUGUCAGGAACAGUGAAGAUGAAUGCUUCGCCCCUGUUCCUGCAUUUCGUCAUCCUGCACGGAACCCCCAACUUUGACUCGGGUGGAGUGUGCCGGCCCUUCCUGAAGCUCUACCAGGCCAUGCAGCCCGUGUACACGUCGGGGAUCUACAAUGUUGGCCCAGAAAACCAAAGCAGGAUCUACAUUGCCAUCGAGCCGGCCCAGCUCCUGAAAGGCGACAUCAUGGUGAAGUGCUACCACAAGAAGUACCGCUCGGCCACCCGCGACGUCAUUUUCCGCCUGCAGUUUCACACCGGCGCUGUUCAAGGCUACAGACUUGUGUUUGCGAAGGAGGAUUUGGACAACGCCAGCAAAGAUGACCGUUUUCCUGAUAAUGGGAAGAUUGAGUUAGUCUUCUCAGCCACUCCUGAGAAGAUUCAAGGAUGUGAACAUUUGCAGAAUGACCACAGGGUGAUUGUGGACUUCAACACAGCAGACCCGCUAAUCCGCUGGGACUCAUACGAGAACCUGACUGCAGAUGGUGAAGUGCUGCACACGCAGGGCCCUGUGGACGGCAGUCUUUACGCCAAGGUGAGAAAGAAGAGCGCUUCAGAUCCCAGUGUCCCAGCUGGGUCUCCCACCGUCCCGGCCGCCAGCAGCCCAGACCACAGCGACCACACCCUGUCUGUCAGCAGUGACUCGGGCCACUCCACAGCCUCGGUGAGGACCGACAGGACCGAGGAGCACCUGACUCCAGGACCCAAGAGGGGCCUGAGCCCCCAGGAGAAGGCCGAGCUGGAUCAGUUGCUCAGUGGCUUUGGCCUCGAGGAUUCUGGAAGCCCCCUCAAGGAUAUGAGUGAUGCUCGCAGCAAGUACAGCGGGACCCGCCAUGUUGUACCGGCCCAGGUCCACGUGAACGGAGACACCACCCCCAAGGACCGAGAGACAGACAUCCUGGAUGACGAGAUGCCCAGCCACGACCUGCACAGUGUGGACAGCAUCGGGACCCUGUCCUCCUCAGAGGGCCACCAGUCAACCCACCUGAGCCCCUUCACCUGCCACCAGAGCAGCCAGAACUCCCUCCUGUCUGAUGGAUUCGGCAGCACCGCUGGCGAAGAUCAGCAUGGCGCUCUGGCCCCAGAUCUGGGGCUCGCCGCGGAGCCCCUGUUUGAGCGAGAGCGGGCUUUCGGGAGCCGCGAGCACAAGCAGCCGCAGCCUGUGCUUAGGAAGCCCUCCGUGCCCACCCAGACGCAGGCCUACGGGCCGAGCAGCUACUCCACGCAGACCUGGGUGCGCCAGCAGCAGAUGGUGGCCGCUCACCAGUACAGCUUUGCCCCUGAUGGGGAGGCCAGGCUCAGCGGCCGUGGUGCAACCGACAGUUCCAGCCUGCUGCAGACACAGCCUAGGGUCCCGCUCACCCCCACUCGGGGGGCCAGCAGCAGAGUGGCCGUCCAGAGGGGCAUAGGCCCUGGGCCACAUCCUCCCGAUAUACAGAGACCCCCUCCCGGCAAAGCAGCCUUCAAACCCAGGAUUCCAGAUGUCAAAGUCGUGAAUGGUACUGGCCCGGAGCUGGGCGCAGACCCGUCCCCAGGCUCACCCACCCUGGACAUCGACCAAUCCAUUGAACAGCUCAACAGGCUGAUCUUGGAGCUGGACCCCACGUUUGAGCCCAUCCCCACCCACAUGAACAUGUCGGGCAGCCAGGCCAAUGGCCCCAUGACCCCAGAAGGCAUGGGAGGCGGGCUGCGGGCAAGUGGCCGCCUGCAGGACACAGAAGGCCCUGGCAGGGCCCCAGUGAGGCAAGGGGAUGAGCCACUCGGGGGAAGAUUCCGGAAGCUGAGCCUUGAGCAGUAUGAUAACGAAGCUGGGGAGCAGCCCACCUUCUCCAAAUGCAGCUGGGGAAAGACCACCAGUUCAGAACAGACUCCAGGCCUGGCGCCUUUUCUCUCCCCAGACAACGCCAAAGAGGCAGUGAUCACCACGUAUCCCCCAGACCUGGAUGUAAUCGAUGGCAGGAUCUUCUCUCCAACCAACAGUGGCAGUGAGUCCAUCUCUCCCACCCCUGCAUUUCCUGUGUCUCCAGAAACGCCAUAUGGGAUAACAAGCCCACGUUUCUCUCCGUUCAGCCCAUCCGCGCCACAGACGGGCAGCCCCAGCGCUCUGUAUAAAGGAGCUCAUGAGCCCUGUCCUGACUCCUUACGUCCUCAGCCACCACCCUGAAUCUCCCCAGUUGAGUGGCCACUUCGGAUUUGUCUGCUGCACCCUGCCCCCACGUCUCCCAGCACUUCACAUACUUGUGGGGUCUAGUUAGCCUGUGCACCGGCCCUGGGAAGGGAGCGUUAACAUAGUGGUGGUGGGUUACUCAGCACUCCUUCCUGGUAUGGACAUUGCCCAGCUCCCUUGAGACUCCAGGACGGCCUUGCCCUGGGCAGGUGGAGGGGGGAUGGAGCCCAAGCUGAACUUACAGUUUAGAAUCGCUCAUCUCUGUAAUUGGGGAUUCCUGCUGUUCUGCCCUGGGGAAGGUGAGUGAGGGUUCCCUUUGCUGCUCAUCAGAUGCGCUUUGGUGGGAGGGGGAAGCAGACUUUGUGUUUAAAUACCGUCUUUUAUGCAGAGGAAGUUGUAGUGAUGACAGCUAGCUCCAUUUUCCCUCUUUCUCCAGAGAAAACAAGAUCUGUGUAUCAUUUAAUAGGAGGGCCAUUUUUCUUCCAAAGUUUCCUUUAAGGUUUUAGGUUGCUUGCAUGUCUUGGCUAUUAUAAACAGUGCUGCAAUGAACAUUAGGGUGCCUGUAUCUUUUUGGAUCAUGUUUUUCUCUGGAUAUAUGCUCAGGAGGGGGGUUGCACGGUCGCAUGGUAGAGGAGCUGUUUAAUCUUUUUUUUUUUUUCUGAAUGAAUUUUGAUCAUUUUAAUAAAUAUAUAUCCAGAAAACCUCACUUUAUUACAGCACAUUCAUAUACAAGCAUCUAUCAUCUAAGUUUUCAACAUCAAAUGUUUAUCAAAUAUUGAAAAUAAAGGACAAAACAUCACUAGACUAUUCAGCCAUAACACAAGAACGGGUUUUAAAAAUUCCUUCUGAGUCAUCCAUAUUUUCAUAUUGGCAAUCCUUGAGGACGUUUGCCCAGGAAGAGCUCAGAGACAUACACACAGCACUGACUGGGGGUCCCAUGUGCUUGGCAGUGUAUGGGGGGUAUGGCUGACCCCUGAGACACAGUGAUGGUGGUGGUGGCUCCCAUGUAGGGACUGUAUUCAACCCUCUUCUUUACAGCAGGGUUUCUUUUUCAGUCUUAUUGUGAUGUGUGAUGGGGAAGAGCCCUGGACAGAGUGGUGGCACUCUGCCAGUUCUUAUUGGUUGUUUACCCGGUGAGGAGAUCUGAGGGUUUGAAGGAUGAGUAGGAUUAAAUAGGAGUUAACUAGGUGAAUGGAGAAAUAGCAGGCACAGGCCCUGUGGCAGAGGGCCCUUCAGACCAGGAGAGGAUAGAGACCAGGGGUCUGCAGGGCCCUGGAGGUAUGAGCAGAGGCCCAGCCACAGCUGUUCUCUGUAGCUAUGGAAGGUAGUGGUAUGGCAUCUGCAAGCAGUGCUAGGUCAUUACCAAGGCCUGAGACAGGGAGGCAACUGCUCAGGCUUCUGUUUUCAUAUAUUGAUCCGUCUGCUGUAUGUAGAACAGCAGUUGGAGUGGGCAGUGGGGUGGAGCAGCUCUGAC